CUGAGCUGCCAUUACCUUUGCCCAAAAUAGCUAUGGGGGCGAUGAGCGUUUUACGUGCUGGUGCGGUUUUUUCAGGCAGAUUAAACCCUUUCAGAUAUGUUUUUUCAAAGGGAAACAUUCUCGCCCGGUCUGCCCCUAACCCACUUCAGGCCACAGUUCGCUAUGGCAGCCACGGAAAGCAACUGUUUGUCAUCAAGCCUACAGAUUUUUAUGACAGAAGAUUUCUCCAUCUAUUGAGAUACUAUGUUUUGUUGACUGGAAUUCCAUUAGCAGUGAUCAUCACAUACGUGAAUGUUUUUAUUGGUCAGGCUGAGCUGGCUGAAAUUCCAGAGGGUUAUGUUCCUGAGCACUGGGAAUACCACAAGCAUCCCAUUACAAGAUGGAUUGUUCGGAAUUUCUAUGACCCUCCGGAAAAGGAUUAUGAGAAAAUGAUGGCUGUUGUUCAGAUUGAAUCUGAAAAAGCAGAAAUUAGGCGGGCACAUCUGGAUGUACGUAAAGCAAUGAGGGAAAGAGGAGAUGGGCCAUGGUAUUACUAUGAAACAAUGGACAAAAAUAUCAUUGAUUAUUCUCCCAAGUCAGCACCAGAUAACUGAUUGUUUAUGUUGAUAAGAACAUUGCUUAAACAUUUUUCUAAACAAAAUUUAGAAAAAACUUUAAUCUAAAUUAUGUAUAUGUUGUGUAUUAUACCAAAAAGGUCUGAAUAAAGACUUUGUUUUGAAAUUCUAAAA